AUGCGGGAAGGGAAAGCCAGAGCGCUUGGGAAUCCGAUCAAAAGCCUUGCACCUUUUUCAGUGGCCACUGUCUUAAGUUAUGUGGCUGUGUUUAUGGAGGUGGCCAAGUUCCCACUCUACAGUUGGGAGGAACCUGCCCUGUUCCUUCUUUACCUUCCCCCUAACUUCCCUUCGAAGUGCUCUGAGUGUGGCUUUUCCCACAGACAGCAGAGGCCCAAGCCCCUCACUGACUGUGCCACCUCCUUCCAGGUGGGGAGCGUUCCCUGCGUAGAGAGGAGAUCCAGCACCGUCUCUGCCAGAGAUGCUCUGGUCCGUCAUGCCAAGGGCCUGAAACAGGAUACCUUCAAAAUUUGUAAAGAAUACUUGAGACCGCUGAAGAAGUUCCUGCGAAAGUUGAACCUGCCCAAGGACCUUCCCCAGAAGAAGCGGAUAAAAUACAUGAAGCAGAGCCUUGAGGCCCUCGGGGACCACAUUAACACUUUCCUGCAACAUUACUGUCGAGCCUGGGAGACCAAGCACUGGAAAAAGAUGCUCUGGCGGUUUGUCUCCCUCUUCUCAGAACUGGAAUCCAAGCAGCUUCGCCGGCUUUAUAAGUACACCAAAACCAACCAGACAGCCAAGUUCCUGGUCGCAUUCUGUCCCUUGGAUGCACCCAAGAGAUCCUUGCUGGCCAGCCAGGAGGACAGUCUUCCCAGGCUCUGCAGCGCCUGGGGCUUGCAUGGGAAUAUCAGCGGCAUGAAGGAGAGGUUGUCCAAAAUGCAGGCCCCUGGUCGAGAGUCUGGCCUGCUGGAGGAGCCAAGAUCCUCAAACUACUUGAGAGGAGAUUCUUUAAGAAGACUUUCUCAAAAAUCAAAGCUGAAGAAAAAGCAGAUUAAAGAGAGCCCAGAAUCUCCCAAGAGCUACCCAUGAGAAGAUCCGCAAGGAUGAACGCCAGCUCUCU